UAAUAUAUUUACACAUAUUGUGUACCCAGAUUAUAAAGUACACAUAUAUAUUCGCUCCAAUUUUUCCCUUUCUCUGUGUGUCAUUUUGUCAAGUUCAUAAAAUUACAGUUUCGUAGUAAGCACAAUUUGGAAAUAAUUUUGGCCCGGCGACUCUAACGAAAUUCAUGGAAAAAGAUCUGGACUUUUUGAUCAACGCAUUGUCGCAGCCCAAUUCUCGACUAUGGAAGACCUAUAGUCCGGCCCAGAUAAGGGAAAUGCGUGAGUCGUUCGUCAUGCUGCAGGAGCUGCUGCGUCACAAUCCCUUGUAUGUGGAGCGUGCGCCCUGCCAUCCAGUCCGCUUUAAAGCCGGCGGAAAUACGGACUUUAGGCCCAUGGAGGCAGAUUUGCCGCCCACAGUGCCGCAUAUGAACUAUCAGAUGCCCAGCGAUGCGAAGCCAUCCCUAACAAUCCUGGCAUCGGAGUCGGCAUCUAUGGAGAGCUUCAGCGAUUCGCCCUCGCUAAUUAGCAGCAGUUAUCUGUGCGGCAGCCAAGAAACUUUAAGCGCUGACAAACAGGAACUGGCCACGCAGGGCGAUGAUGAGAGGAGCGACACGGAUAACUUUCUGGCACUGGUGCCCUACCAGCAGGAGGAGACCAGCCAAGAGCUGGUGCGCUACGAUCCGCAAUACGAUGAUUAUGAGUCCGACUCUGAUACGCUACGCGGCAGUUCCAGCAUUGACUCUGUCUCUGGCUCCGGCGCCAGAUCUACGGGCAGCUCAUCAAUCGGUGGGGUCUCAAUCAGUAUACCCAUGCAAAUGGAAUAUGUGUGGCAUAACGUGGACUACAAGGCGGACAGCACUGACAGCGACAUGACCAUCAUUGCGGAUGGCUAUAAAUAUAUUUUGAGCAACUAACAAGCAAACCGCUUAAAAAGAUCAGGGUCAUCAUUAAAUUAAAUUGCAUCGCUUGAGACACCUUACUUUUAAAAAACAUAUGUAUAUAUAUAUAAUAUUCCGCAAAGGACGCAUUCUCGGCUUGGUAAAAGUGAUUAAAAACAGAAAUUUUAAUUGAAAA